AUGAGUCCAAAAAUCGCUGUGGUCAUUGGAGCGGCACGUGGAAUCGGCCGCGAGCUGGUCAGACAGCUGAGCGCGGAUUCCAGUAUGCAAAUUAUAGCGACUGUGCGCCAACCAAUCGACUUCGGUGCUCCCAACGUCUCAUCCAUCAUUCUCGAUCAGGCUAUUCCUUCAUCUAUCACCCAAGCCGCGUCUCAGAUCCCAGAGAUUGAUACAUUGAUUAUUAACGGUGCUUUUGGCGACAAAGACAAGAUGCUCGGGUGCCCAGACGAAAGAUUUGACAAAUAUCUCGACAUUAAUGUGAAGGGACCUCUUCGAAUCAUCAAGGCGUUCCUUCCGGCAAUCCUUGUUCGCGAGACCAGACAAAUUGUCUUGACAUCUUCUCUCUGUGGAUCAUUACAGAAGCAGAGUGAAUUUGACCAUGGUUCUCUUGGCCCAUAUUCUCUGACCAAGGCUGCUGGCAACAUGAUGAUGAUCCAGCUGCAUCAUGAAUUACUUGACAAACAGGCUGGGUCGCAACUGAUAUGGGGGGGCCCAGGGGGCAUGCCCGUUGAGACAUCCGUUGCUGGAUACGUCAAAGUAAUCAAGGAGCUCAAGCUCGCAGAACACCCCCAGUUCAUUGCUUGGGAUGGAUCGAUUGUUCCGUGGUAG